AAACUGUGGAAUCUUAAGGGGGGAAAGAGACAGGGACUUGGCUUGAUUGAGUUUAGAGCGCUUGACCCACUUGCAGAUGGCAUCGAAAUAGAAAACGGAGGCCUGCUGUGUUAAGACAGGCAGACGGACAGGCGGCAGAACGGACGGACGGGUGGCAGCUGUGAUUGGCGGCUCAGCGGCAAGCUGGUGGAAAAUGUCGUCAGGAGCUGGUGGGCGGGGAAGACGGCAAGGUAGAGCUUCCGGGGGUGCAGGCGUGGUGGAGGAAGGUCCAGUGGGCAUCCCCUUCCCUGAGCAUAGUGCUGACCUGCUGGGCAGUCUCAACCAGCAAAGAAUAAAUGGGCUGUUGUGUGAUGUGUUGCUAGUGGCCCAAGAGAGAGAAUUCCCUGCCCACCGCUCUGUAUUGGCCUCCUGCAGCACCUACUUUCACAAGCUUUUCACCUCUGGGCUGGCUGCUGACCAUCAGAACAUCUAUGCGCUGGACUUUGUGCAGCCUGAGGCGCUGGCCGCCCUCUUGGACUUUGCUUAUACAGCCACGCUCACAGUCAGCCGCAACAGUGUGGUUGAAAUCCUAAGCGCUGCCCGUGUGCUUGAGAUCUCACCUGUCCAAGAUGUCUGCACACACCUGCUGGACACCAAAGUGCUCUCCCCACCAGUGGGCAGUGAGCAAGAUGAAGAUGACGAGGAAGAGGAAGAGCGAGGAAAUAAUGGAAGAGAACAGGGCAUUCGGCUGCGUGCCCAUGAGUAUCUGGAGUUCUUCCAAAGGGGGGCGCAUUGGGACAGCAGCUGCAGUACGCCAGAGCUCAGGGAGCAGCCCACACACCUGCACUUUAGCCAACGCAACGGCGUUGAAAGCAAUGGCAUGCCCACCGGCCCUGCUGACUACUACUCCCCACUGGCCCAGGCAGUAGCGCAGCUGCCUCGUGAACAUAAAGAUGACGAUGUCGAUGAAGAACGCAAUGAUGGAGCUUCAGAUCUGGCUCGAGGGAAAGGUGCACAGGCUCUGAUGUCCUUUUACCCUCCCACACAGAAUGGACAUUUCUACCUCCAUCAAGCAGAGCCCAAAUCAGAAAGAGAGUUGGAGGUGGCAGGCGAGCGGGAACAUGAACGAGGCCCGGCCAGUGCUUUGCUACAACAGAUGAUGGACUCUUUGGAGCGGAAAAGGGAGCAGCCCACCACAGGUGGUGGGGGUGAUGAGGAUGGGCCGGAGGGUGAAGAGCCGGAUGUGGAGUUUUACUUGAAAUACUUCAAUAGUGUGCAACACGAAGAGGCUGCUAGUGCCCCCAUCUCACCAAGUCUGUUACCACUGUGGUCGAUGAGGGGCAGCGGAGGUGGGAACCAAGCGACAGUAGGGGGUAACAGUGGUGAAAGGAAAAUGCGUUCUAAGGCCUUUCAGAAGUGCCCCAUCUGCUCCAAGGUCAUCCAAGGCGCAGGCAAGCUUCCACGCCACAUCCGUACACACACAGGAGAAAAGCCGUAUGAAUGCACAAUCUGUAAAGUGCGAUUCACCAGGCAGGACAAGCUAAAGGUGCACAUGCGCAAACAUACAGGAGAGAAGCCUUACCUGUGUACUCAGUGUGGUGCCGCCUUCGCCCAUAACUAUGAUCUGAAGAAUCACAUGCGCGUGCACACUGGCCUGCGUCCCUACCAGUGCUCCAGCUGUUUUAAAACCUUUGUGCGCUCCGACCACCUCCACCGUCAUCUCAAGAAUGACGGCUGCAAUGGCAUCCCAUCCCGACGAGGCCGCAAGCCACGCAUACGAGAUCCUGAGCUUCUGGAUGGUCCUCUGGAACGCCAUGGUCCAGAAGCAGAUACUGAGAGUGGCCGACGGUGUUUAGACGGGGGCAGCAGAACAUCGGUCAUGGAGGAAAAUCACGGUAUUCACACACACAGUCCCAUUGGUGAUGAAGAAUGUAGCGAAGAUUUGACCCUGGGACAAAGGGAUACAGCAACUACAUGAAUCAGACUAUGUUAGAGAGGGCUUUCCUCAAAAAGCAGAGGAAGAAUAAAAUGGAAAAAUAAGAAGAAAUAUAAGAAAAAAAAAACAUCAAACUACAUGGUCCUCUUUAAAAAAAAAAAAUCAAAUCAGGGUGUCACGCAAAUCUAAUAUCCUAGUUUCUUUUUCUCCUUUUUUAGCUUUUGCAUUCCGCAUAGAGACUUAACCACCGAGUUACUGGUCUUUUGAAAGAGCGAAGAGCACUUCAAAUCACUCAACCGUGCUGUCAACAUCUUUCUGGGUCUUUUUUUGUAACACUGGCAUAAUGGCUUAGCCAUAUGCUUACAAGAAAAAGCUACUAUGCAGUUUAAACACGUUCCUCAUCUCUGGGUUGUAUCUACAGAGUCUUGUCUUAAAAGAUUGAGGUGUCAAACACCAGACUGGCUGCUGUUUCAACAGGCUAGAUAUAAAUGGUCUAAGAUGUGAUCAAGGCAACCAAUAAAUCUAUUUUUCUAAUGCAAUGAGCAACAUGUACAAAUACUAUGAAAAAUAAAUAUAUUGUCUCAGAUUGCAAUAUAUCCAAUAUUCUGAUGCAGCACCUUUUUUCUAAAUGUUCCAGAAAGAAACGGACAGGGGUUUGAUUUCAAGUGUAACUUUCUCUAUAAAAUAUGUUUUGUUUUUUGUAGAAUUUGUCUGUUAAUGAUUUAAAAGGUUACCAUUUUGAGUCUAAUCCAUGUAAAGGGGACCUCGUUAAUUUGUUUUUGGCAGGGAGAGGGUAAGAGAAGGGAUGAUGUCCUGUGUUUCUAAAGCACUACCUUCAUCUGAUUGCCACUGGGUUAAAUCUUACCUCUCACAGGCCUGCUUUUCCUUAUCAGCAGUCCAACUUGCAUUGUUCUCUUUUAUUUUUGGGAUUGUCUUAAUAUUUUGUCAUUAUUUUGUUUUUCCUUUGAGUUGACUAUUUUGGGUACUUGACACUUUACAUUUGUAUACGUGUGUAUACAUUAGGUUGUAAUGUUAUGAAACCUUUUAUAAGAGAUAUAUUGCAGAUAGAUAGAUAGGCUUACAUCUUCCUUCAGAUUCACUCCAGGUUUCUUACUGAGUUAAGUUUGUAGGGGGAAUAUGCUGUUUUAUAGCAUUAUAAUUGAGAAACCCAUUUUUCCUAAACUGCACUUAAUGAAACCCAGAAGUUUGAAUUGUGAUAUAUGUGCUUUAUUUUGAGUGUUUCUGCAGGAGCGAAACUGUAUGCAACUGAAGAGUGAGGGCACCACUGUUACUAACAGCUGGUGAUUACUUAAGCUGGGAAUCUUUUUUGUUUGUUUGUUUGUUUGUUGACAGAAAGAGCGAUAGAGAGUCAAGCACCUUUUUGCAUAACUUUAUUAAAGAUCUAUUUCUAGAAAUAUCUAUUUAAGGAGGCAGUUUGGGUUGGAAAGCAACAAAGAGCAAUUUAUUUGCCCAAGGGACCAUGUAAAAAAAAAAAAAAAAAAAAAACCUGAGCGAUAAGGUUAGCAAUAAAUUAUUGUCCAAGAUGGAAGUUCAAACAAGCACACAGCUAUAGCUAAGUAAGAAUGAGGGUCCAGAUUUUAGUGUACAGCAUCCUUUAAUGCAAUGUAUAGAUGAGAUAAAAUAGCUACAAACUUUAUUGCUCUUUUCAUGAUGCAAAUGAUUGGCAGAGGGUUGGGGAGAAAGUAUCCUAAAGACAGAGACCUUUAUUUUGAAGUAAUAUGUGCUUCCGUGUGCAGGUGAGAGAGGGUGCGACUACGUCUUAUGGCCACGUCAGUGAAGUAUUACUCACCUAUAUGGGGCUUAGAGGGGUCUGGAGCAUAAGCAGGCACUUUGUGGGCAUGUCUAAAUGGAACAUUCAGAACACUGGGUGCUUUGGUUAAGUUAGGACUCUUAUUUAAAUAGGGCAAAUAUGAGGGCAAGGCUUGACAAAGGCAGAAAAUGUUAUUGCUGAGAAAAGGGCAGAUUUUAAAGUAACUUACCAGGCACAUCAUUUUUUAUCCUAACCAGAUCGUUUCAGUGGAUCUCAGCGUAUUUGAUUUUGUGGCGAUUGAGAGAACGUUUUUGGUAUCAUUCCUUCUGCCUCUGCAUUGCUGCAUCUUGUUUAUUAGUCUUUUGCUCAUUAAUUAGAAAGAAGCAAGUUUUGAAUGUAUUUUGUUACUAAGAAGGGCACUUUUCAGUCAAAACAAAUGGGUACUUUUAACAAAAGUGCAAAAGUGCUACAAAAAAGGCCCAUUCAAGUGAUGAUGCUUAGCUUGUUUUGUUGUUGUUCUUUUUUUUUGGCUUGUUCAUGUGCGUUGCUUGUAUUUUGGUCUUGACACCAAGCUGCCAAAAAAGUUCACAGUCACUUGAGAAGAGAAAGGGGCAGGGUGAAGAUAUUGUGGCGUUAGAAGGUGUUGGUUCAUGUGGCAUUAACUAAAAAGCAACAAAGGAGAAAUACCCUUCAAAAGAUAAUAUAUAGAAGCCUAGUGACUAAUUGCACUUGAAGUUUAAAAAUGAUAGAAGGUUUAAGAGUUAUCUAUUUUGUCUUAAUACAGAGAAGAUGACCAAAAAUGUGGCAGCAUGUGAGGCUUUAAAAAAAAAAAAAAUAGUUUCCCCAUUUCUCCCAAUUUGGAAUGCCCAAUUUCCACUACUCAGUAGGUCCUAAAUCUGAGUGGCGGAGGACAAGUCUCAGUUGCCUCCACUUCUGAGACCGUCAAUCCGCGCAUCUUAUCACGUGGCUCGUUGUGCAUGACACCACAGAGACUCGCAGCAUGUGGAGGCUCAUGCUACUCACCACGAUCCACGCACAACUUACCACAUGACCCAUUGAGAACGAGAGCCACUAAUUGCGACCACGAGGAGGUUACCCCAUGUGACUCUACCCUCCCUAGCAAACAGUUUUGUCUGUGCAUUACAAUCCCUGAACAAUCAUCUAGAAGUCUCAGUCAUUUUAAAUACAUUGUGAAAUGCCACAUCCUAAGCAUCACACUACAGUUAGUUACAAAGUUUUUGAUCGGAUGAUUUAUCCUUCUGGAAAUUUCAGUGUGUGAACAUGUGUUUUCAUACCCCAAAAUACACUCGGUUAAAAUUACAUUAUGUCUGCAUGGGUAUGUCAGCAUGGGUUUGUGUGGUGACACAUUGAGCAUCUUUGUUUCACUAAUGGCCUGCGAUCAUUCAAUAUAAAGAGUAGAUUUUAAAUUUGUUCGCAAGGACGUUUCUUACAUUUACCACAACCCAAAUGUAUCCUCCCUCAUAAGUUGGAAUAGAUUUGUUGGGGGAAAGCCUACUUGAGUUUCUUUUGUCAUUUUAUAAUUUUUUUCUUUUAACUUUAGUGUGAGAGUUUAAAACUUGCAAUGCUUACUUUAAAAUGUGUUUCUUCUGCUUAAUUCAGUUUUUUUUUUUUUUAGCAAAGAUAAUGCUAUCUGUGUGGGUGGAGUUUAGCCGUGGAGAGUGGCACUGGAUUAAAUGGUGAUGUAAAAUGGGUGGGUUGGAGGGGUUGGGAGGUACAAAGCCUGAUAGCACUGGAAAUGGUGCUUUAGCAGAGAAAGUUUUUGCACUAAGUCACUCGUGUCCUUGUCCUUGGAGGAGGGGGUCUACGGAACUGGGCAAGGCCUUUGAGUUUCUGUGAACACAGAGAUAUUAAAUCUCCACAAUUAACCAGUUGAAAACCAAAGUUGGCAAAGACUUGAAUUACUUGAACUUUCUAAACCAUUCAAAGAAAAGAGAUUUUGAAUCUUACAUUAUCGACAACAAAGUAAAACAAAAAAAUUAUCAGUCCAGUGCAAUUUCACCUGAAGUAAGCUGCUUGAGGAAAGACGGUAUUCAAGCAGUGGCUUAUUUCCAAUGGUUUACUGGAUCAAACCUUAAGCAUCUGUGUCUACGUAGCAGUUUGGUGAAGUUAUUAGAGGUCUUUGUGAGUUCAAAGGAACUUAUUGGCUUUGUGUGGAGGGGGGCGUAAGCUAUGUUCAAUGGGUCUAAAAGGAAUCAGGGGCAGAGUCUUAAAGCUUGCUAAGUGGAGAAGGAUUGUGGAGAGAAUGUGCCUUAACAUGAAAGGAGAUUUGGAGGAUUCCUCAAGAAAUUGCUUCCAUUCCCGCUUCCUAAACCAUUCUUGAAUACUUGUGUCUGAUAUUAAAUAUGGUUGAAAUAAAUGUUUUAUUGUGGACAUUUCUAAGAACCAAAAGGUUGUUUGUCCAGAGCUACUCAACUUGUAAAUGCAAACUAAUUCUUAAGGUUGUCUCUUGAGAAAAGUCAGUUAGGAGAUCCUGUUAUCUUCCAUUCAGCGCUGUUUAUUGCUUCCGCCCCAAUGGCGGACAUUACACUGAGAAAGUGUCUUAAAACCCCAUUUAAAUGAAUUCAGAAGCUCCAUGUAUGCAAUAUCCAAAUCUUAAUCUAUUUUAUGUCUUUAUUUGUUUAACUUAUUUGAAAAAAAAAACAUACAAAAGUAUUAAAGAUUACAAUGACAGUUAUAAUAAUCAUGGAAGAUAUUUUGGUUGCUUUUUAGAGGUUCUGGCAGGGUCGAAGCACAACUAGCUGAGGAUGACAAUGCAUGGCUAGAUUCGCACAAUUGUUUUCACCUGAUCCACUGCUGUCUGAUGCCCUGUGGGCACUUUGCACAAGGAGUGGCUCAUGGGCAGUGGGAACUAGUUUGCACAAAUCAGGGAGGGUGGGUACUAGCAUUUUUGUGCAGGUUGUCAGGGAAGCGUUGUCUUAUAGUGGGGCUUGGGACAGCCUUUGUCAGGUAUUGCUGUGCCAUUAUGUGUACCUAAGGAAUUAUAGCCAUCUAACUCUUUGACUGCCUCAGCUGGUUAUGUUUCACUGAAAAAGUAGAUGUUGUAGAGAGUAAAUGCUAGAUGGUGUGGUGGGAGGCAGGGGGAUUUUGGGUAUUAUGGGCCAUCAUCUAUGCUUCUCAGGUUAAAUAUCACUGCAGUCCAUUUAAAUUUUUUGUUGUUUGGUUUCAGCUCAAAUUUGCCUUCUGUGUAAUCAAAGAUUUAUUGUACUGAGAGAACACCAACCAAAUAUAUUACUAUGAGUUUUUGAUAUGAUAUCAAAAGCCAACUACCCAUGUGACCACAACUCAUUAUUUUUUUGCAUAAUAACUUUUCAUUCUUGUUUAGUAUAGAAAAAGAAUGGUGAGUCAGCAAUCAGUUUUUUAACAUGUUUUAAAACUCUAGAAUUAUGGGUGGUGUAUUGUCUUUGGCCACAUCCACACAAAUACGUUUUUUGUUUUUAAAUGCAUUGAUUUUACUACUUUUAUGCCUCCCAUCCACAUUUCAGCAGCCUUUUUGUCCACCAAAAAUGUAGACUUUUGAAAAUGUUCUCUAUACUUUGGAAAACGAUGACAUUAGGAAACUGAAAAUGGAGAUUUCAAACUUAAUUGGAUUAGUGAUGUGGCCGUUGUUGGGUUUUAGAAUGAGACCAAGGCCAUGUCCGCCCUAAUUUGUUAGUUUGUAAAUGCAUUGAUUUUACUACAUUUAUGCCUCGCAUCCACACAAGAAUGGUGUUUUCCUUCACUGAAAACAUAGUGCUUCGAAAAUGCUCUCUAUUACGGCAUACUUUAGAAAACCAUGACGUUAGGAAACUGAAAACAAGGAUUUCAAACGAAAAAGGAUUAGUGCGGAUGUGGCCCAAAAAAGCAGUAAAUUGACAAAGACAUCAAGUCUUCAAGUCAAGGAUGCAUUCUAUUACUUCCUCAAGAGUAAUAGUUGUUGUAGAUGUGGUUUAUUAAGUCUUAAAGGACUUUCUUAAUGGUUUGUUUUCUUUUUUCCUCUACCAAGAAUGUCCUAAGAGUGUGUUGAGAUUCACAAAGCCAUCAAGCUGAUUGCAGUUCUGUGAUUGUAACAAAAAGCACUUUGCGAAAGGCCAUCCAAAAUAUUGUGUGCUGUCUCCUUUGGUUAUUACUGUUGUUGUUAUUGUCAUUAUUAUUAUUUUUCUCUCUCAUUGAUAAAUUUUCUUGUUAUCUCAAUGUGGAUGUAAAGAUUUAUUUAAAUGCAAAAGACUACAUGAAAAAAAGAAACUUGAACAUGCAAUAUAUUUGGGUUGAAGUCCAUUUGAACUUCUGCCCCAAAUCACACACAUCUCUGAAAAGGCGCAACAAAAAAAUGUCAUAUGUUCAAGUUGUCGUACGUGUUUUCUUUUAACAUUUUUUCCCCACCCAAGUCUCAUCAUAAAAAGACUUUACAUUUGCUUGGAAAUAUUUAGCUGGAUUUUCUUUGUUCUGCAAGAUUCUUCAUAGACAUAGCAUUUAUAAGAGAGUAGAUUUAGACUAUCGGUAUUGUUGGGGCCUAGCUGUCCCAAACAAUUCUAAUGUUCACAAAAAAAGAUGCAAAUAUUCAGUUUGCAAUCCACACUGUCUAAAGCAGUCAGGUUUGGAGCAAUAUUUAACUUUUCUGCAUAUGGGUAACAUACAAUAUCUCUUAUUAGUUUAUUUCUGUUGUUGUUGGGUGGUAAAUCCAGUUAAUCCACUAGCCACAUGUACUUUCCACAAUGUAUUUUUUUUUUUCAAGUGUGAAACUGUCUUUUAGUUCCAGUUUUUGAUAAAUUACAAGGGACUCAUUACGUACUAUGUUCCAAUCUAACAUCUCAUUUCAUAUUUCUUGUAUAGUAUCUGCUAAAUUAAAAAAGAACAGACAACCUCUGUACAGAAAACCAUAAUUCAUUUUCAGGCUUGGGUGCUCUUUUUACACUUAUGUAAAAAAAAAAAUUACACUUCUCAGUGUCUCAGGCUUGGACAGCAGAAACCCUGUUUUUUAUGGAUUUUUUUAUUUGGUUAAAUCAAGUCCUGUUCCUUUCCAUUGUCUGUCAAUGUGUGUUGAAGCUAUAGAGAUGUAUUGAUGAAUUUGGGAGAUUUUGCACUUUUGGCGAUGAAAAUAAUUUGUAUUGUAUAUGAGACCACUAAAUCCACAUCGUCUUAAUCAAACAAUUCCAUCUUGUUUUCCAUUUUCGUUUAAUUCUAUUUUUCUUUGUUUGUUUUUGUUUAUUUUUUACAAAAUAUAUCCAAAAAUGUCUUAAGUUUAAGAAAUAAGACAUUUCUAUUAAAAAAAAACAAUG